AUGGAAGCAUCUUCGGGUUACAAGAGAGCAAGGGAAAUCUUAAAACGUUUGUUCGGACAGUCUCACGUAAUCGCUCGGGAAACAUUAGAAGACUUAUUCAAUGCUGUAAAUUUUGACUAUACUGACGCGGAGGAAUUAUCAAACUUGGCUAUUAAAAUGGAAAACUGUGCUAUGGUCUUGGAACAGAUGAAUUAUACCUCUGAUCUAAAUUCUUUAGUUACUUUGGAAAGAAUAGUGAGACUCUUGCCUCAACCUAUGCAAGCCCAAUGGGCGGACUGGGUGGAUAAAUUGACAGAAGAUGACAGAGAGCCGACGUUUCACGAACUCACUCAGUUUAUCGCUUCGCGUGCGAGAGUAGCUUGUAGUAGAUUUGGACGGUUAGCGAAUCGUUCAAGAAAAGGACCAAACGUAAAGACGAAUUGUCACGUGCAAUCAGAGCAGGGGAAUAGUUCGACAGCGAAAACUAAAUGCAGUAUGUGUUCCUACGACCAUGCUAUUUAUAAGUGUCCACAGUUCUUAGCGCUUACAGUUCAAGAACGAUGGUCCCACGCUAAAAGCAAGGGUAUCUGUUUUGUUUGUCUUCGACAAGGACAUAAGGUCAAUGAAUGCAAGAUGUCAAGGCUCUGUAAUGUUGACAGUUGUGAGAAGAAACAUCACGCUCUGCUGCACACUAACACGGCAAGCAACGAUGUAAAUAAGUCUGAAACCCAGAAUUGCUGUGGAUUUACUAAAUCUCUAAGUAGCCAAGUGUGCUUAGGAAUGAUUCCCGUACGGCUGGUGGCGGGAAAUGCCGAAAUGGUGGGUUAUGCCUUGUUGGAUAACGGGUCUGAUGUGACGUUGAUAAAAUCGAGCUGUUUGAGGCAUCUCGGACUGAAGGAAGACCGAGCGUCAGUGGUAGUAGGGACUGUGAGUGGUAAUAGGACGAUGACGGCCACAAGAACUCCUUUCGAGGUAUAUUCUUUAGAUCGGUCCGAACAUGUGACGAUCGAAGGAGCUCUGAUUGCGGCAAGUGUACCGGGUCAUAAGCCAACAAGGUCGGCAGUGAACAACCUAGUUAAGUGGCCACAUUUAAGGGAUGUACCAAUAGAUCACUUAGACUCUGAAGAAGUUCUGCUGUUGAUUGGUUGCGACGUGCCCGAAGCACACUGGGUGUUAGAUCAGCGGUUGGGUGGAAGAAAAAACCCGUACGCUGUAAAGACGUUGCUGGGGUGGACGGUCUUCGGACCUGCAUCGUACCCGGAAUAUAGGAAAAGAAUUGUUAAUCAUACCAGUAAGAUACAGACAUUAGAGAACGAGAUACGUAAGUUUUAUGACUCAGAGUUUUCCGACGCUUAUUCAAAUGAUAAAUCAUUAUCAGUAGACGACAAGACGGCUAUAAGUAUUGUGGAAGGUGGCACACGCUUCGUAAAUGGUCAUUUUGGAGUCCCUAUACCAUGGAAGGUGCACCCAAAUAUGGGAGGGGGGAAUUAUGAAGUGGCAAACGGUAGACUACAGAGUUUGAAGCGUAGAUUGUUGAAAGAUGACAUUCUGUAUAUCAAGUAUACAAAUGGUAUUGAAAGGCCUCUGAAUAUGAAAGGGAUUCUAUUUAUAGUUUCUUCUCUGUUCGAUCCUUUGGGUUUAAUUGCUCCAGUCUGUCUUCCUGCCAAGGUCCUCUUGCAAAAAUUAUGUAAGUCCCAAAUAGGCUGGGAUCAGCCUCUCAACGAGCCAUAUAAGUCCGCGUGGCCAAAUUGGGUAAAAUUUAUGCGUCAAACAGGUCCCAGAUUUGCAGGACUCCAAAGAUUCGUUGCUCGAGAUGUUGUCCAGAAAGCUCUUGUGGAAUUAGGCGUGUAUAGAGGUGAGAAAGAUAAUCCUGUGGUUGUACCGAUGUGUUCUCAAAGCAAAGAUAUUGUUGAGCCAUUGUUGAAACCUCAAUGGUACCUACGUUGUAAGGCCAUGGCUAAUGCGGCAAUGAAGGAGGUAUCUGAAGGCCGCUCACGUAUUAUUCAUAGUUUCCAUAUUCGUACAUGGAAUAAUUGGCUUAAAGAUUGUCAGGAUUGGUGUAUUUCUCGACAAUUAUGGUGGGGACAUCAUAUUCCUGCUUAUCAUGUUUCGAUUCGACGUCCUGGCGUAGAUAAUUUAGAAGUUUUAGAUCCUACAGAUCAUAAUUCAUGGGUAGUUGGUCAUACAAUCGAAGAAGCGCUUCAAAAGGCCUGUGAUAAUUUCCAUUGUUCACCAGAUAACUUAACUUUAAACCAAGAUGAUGAUGUAUUAGAUACGUGGUUCUCUUCACAAUUAUUUCUAUUAUCUGGAUUUGGGUGGCCUGAACAAAUACCAGAUUUAAAGGUUUAUUAUCCUGGUAGUUUAUUAGAAACUGGGCAUGAUAUUAUAUUUUUCUUGGUUGCACGUAUGGUUAUGAUUGGUUUGAAAUUAAUGGGACAAUUACCAUUUCAUACGGUCUAUUUACAUGCUAUGGUUCGUGAUGCUCAUGGCAAAAAAAUGAGUAAAUCUUUGGGUAAUUCAGUCGAUCCAGUAGAUGUCAUCAAUGGAAUAUCUUUAGAAGGCUUACAAAAACAACUAGAACAAGGGCACACAGGAACGUCCCAAGUAUUGGCUAUAAUUCGAAAAUGGUAUUGGAUAAUGAAGGCAACCAGCACGGUUAAGAGAGUGAUAGGAAAGUGCUUGACAUGCCGGCGGUUUACGAUGAAUACAGGACGGCAAUUGAUGGCGCCGCUUCCAGCUUGUAGAGUUCAACCAGGAUGGUAUAGCUUCUCAGCCGUGGGAGUAGACUACUUUGGACCCUUUGUUGUCAAGAGAGGAAGAUCAUUGGAAAAAAGAUAUGGAUGUAUAUUCACUUGCUUUCAAACCCGAGCAGUACAUAUUGAACUGGCAUAUAGUUUGAAUACUGAUUCGUUUAUAAUAGCACUGUUACGUUUUAUUGGAAGAAGAGGGAAGCCUGCCGAAAUUUACAAUGACAAUGGGUCAAAUUUCGUGGGUGCGGUCUCUGAAUUAAGGAGAUUUGUGCAACAGUUGAAUCAACAGAAAAUAGACAAAGAACUGUCAGCGAGGCAGAUUCAGUGGCAUUUUAACCUCCCCUCCUCCAGCCACAGGGAUGGAGUCUGGGAAAGAAUGAUUAGGUCUUUACGCCGACUGUUAUUGUUGAUAACUAGAGAGCAGACUUUAACCGAUGAGGCCUUAAGCACUUAUUUGAUUGAAAUUGAAAGGAUAUUGAACGAUCGUCCCUUAA